CGCCCCCUCCCCGGCGCUGUGGCUGUCGCUAUGGAGUAGCUGGAGCGGGACGGGGCCGAGCACGGACCGGCGCGAGAGACAGCUGGCGUGACAGGCGGCGCGCUGGGGCCACAGGGCGACAGGGAGCCGGGCGCUGAGCGGCAGCUUCCCGCGGGCUUAGAAUAAUACAUUGGGGCACAGUUGAGACAAUGGAGUCCAUGCUGAAUAAAUUGAAGAGUACUGUUACAAAGGUAACGGCUGAUGUCACCAGUGCAGUCAUGGGAAAUCCUGUUACCAGGGAGUUCGAUGUUGGCCGACAUAUUGCCAGUGGUGGUAAUGGUCUUGCUUGGAAGAUAUUUAAUGGAACUAAAAAAUCAACAAAACAGGAAGUGGCUGUUUUUGUCUUUGAUAAGAAGCUAAUAGACAAGUAUCAAAAAUUUGAAAAGGAUCAGAUUAUUGAUUCUCUAAAACGAGGUGUUCAACAGCUAACCAGGCUUCGGCACCCUCGACUGCUUACUGUUCAACAUCCAUUGGAAGAAUCCAGGGAUUGCUUGGCAUUUUGUACAGAACCAGUCUGUGCAAGUUUAGCUAAUGUUCUUGGCAGCUGGGACAACCUACCUUCUCCUUUACCAUCUGACAUUAAAGAAUACAAGCUUUAUGAUGUGGAGACCAAAUACGGUUUGCUUCAGGUUUCUGAAGGCUUGUCAUUUUUGCAUAGCAGUGUGAAAAUGGUCCAUGGAAAUAUAACUCCUGAAAAUAUAAUUUUGAAUAAGAGUGGAGCAUGGAAAAUUAUGGGCUUUGAUUUUUGUAUCCAGUCAACAAAUCCAUCUGAGCAGGAGCCAAAGUUCCCUUGUAAGGAAUGGGAUCCAAACUUGCCUUCCUUGUGUCUUCCAAAUCCCGAAUAUCUGGCACCAGAAUAUAUUCUGUCUGUGAGCUGUGAGACAGCCAGUGAUAUGUACUCUCUAGGAGCUGUUAUUUAUGCAGUAUUCAAUAAAGGGAAACCAAUUUUUGAGGUCAACAAGCAGGAUAUUUAUAAAAGCUUUAGUAGACAGCUGGAUCAGCUGAGCCGUUUAAGUUCCAGUACUCUUCAGAAUAUACCAGAGGAGGUACGUGAACAUGUAAAGCUACUCUUAAAUGUAGCUCCAGCAGUCAGACCAGACGCAGAUCAAAUGACUAAGAUACCAUUCUUCGAUGAUGUAGGAGCAAUGACGCUUCAGUAUUUUGAUUCAUUAUUUCAAAGGGAUAACCUUCAGAAAUCACAGUUUUUUAAAGGGCUACCAAAGGUUCUACCAAAACUACCUAAGCGUGUCAUAGUUCAGCGAAUUUUGCCCUGCUUGACUUCUGAAUUUGUGAAUCCUGAUAUGGUACCUUUUGUCUUGCCUAACGUUCUCCUUAUUGCUGAGGAAUGCACCAAAGAAGAAUAUGUCAGGCUCAUUCUGCCUGAUCUUGGUCCUGUUUUUAAGCAGCAAGAACCAAUCCAGAUCUUGUUGAUUUUCCUGCAAAAAAUGGACUUGCUUCUAACCAAAACUCCACCAGAUGAAAUAAAGAACAGUGUUCUACCAAUGGUUUAUAGAGCCUUAGAAGCACCUUCAAUUCAGAUUCAGGAGCUUUGUCUAAACAUAAUUCCCACAUUUGCCAAUUUAAUAGAUUACCCAUCAAUGAAAAAUUCAUUAAUUCCAAGAAUUAAAAAUGCCUGUUUGCAAACUUCUUCUCUUGCUGUCCGAGUAAACUCACUAGUGUGCUUAGGUAAGAUUUUGGAGUACUUGGACAAAUGGUUUGUGCUUGAUGAUAUUUUACCGUUUCUACAACAAAUUCCAUCCAAGGAACCAGCAGUGCUAAUGGGAAUUUUGGGUAUUUACAAAUGUACAUUUACGCAUAAGAAGUUGGGAAUUACAAAGGAACAGCUUGCAGGAAAAGUAUUGCCCCAUCUGAUUCCUCUUAGUAUUGAGAACAAUCUUAAUCUCAAUCAGUUCAAUUCUUUUAUUUGUGUUAUAAAGGAUAUGCUUAAUAGAUUGGAGACAGAGCAUAAAACAAAACUUGAGCAACUUCAUGUCAUGCAAGAGCAACAAAAAUCCUUGGAUAUAGCUAGCCAAAUGAGUGUGUCUGAAGAGGCAAGACCCAAUACUACAAGUAAUCAGAUUGACAAAGUAUUUAAUGCUAGCGGAACUGACCUUCUAACUAGUGGGUCUGAUAGUAAAGAGAAUGAGAUGUCAUCAAAACAGAAAAAGGCAUCACUUACACUGGAAGAGAAGCAAAAGCUAGCUAAAGAACAAGAACAGGCGCAAAAGCUGAAAAACCAGCAACCUCUUAAGCCACAAACAACUGCAAUAACACCUCCAGUGAAGCAGACAAAAGACUUGACAGAUACCUUGAUAGAUAAUAUGUCAUCUUUGACUAGCCAUUCAAUCAACAAAGCUAAAGUUACAUCUUCAAACAACUUCUCUUCUGUCCCUUCUAUGGGUGUUGGAAUGGGAUUUUCAUCACCUGUUGACAACACAAAGAGAAAUGUAGCAAAUGGACUAAAUACUAAUAUGAGUUUUCAGACUGCUGGAUUCAGUAUGGGACCUGGUCUCACCGCUCAGAAUUUCUUCAGUCCAAGUGCAACAGGAACAACCACGAUGAACAUUGUACCAACUGCGAAUAUGCCAAAUUACAGUCCUAUGAAUGCUGCAUCUGCAAUCUCUCCACUGACACAACAAAACAAGCCCCCAGAUAUGUCUGCUUUAGAUAAUCUUUUUGGUCCUCAAAAACCCAAAGUUAGCAUGAAGCAGUUGGCUCAACAGAAGUCAAGCCAGUGGGUUAAUCAGUUUGUACCCCCACAAGGCUCCCCAAAUGCGAGCAGUUCAGUCUUGGGACCUCAGAUGAACAUGUUAGGACAGCCUGGCUUUGGUAUACAGGGUAAUCCUUUCUUUGCUCCUCAGAACUUUGCACAAGCAGCAAACACAAUGACAAACAGCAGCUCAGCUAGCAAUGACUUAAAAGAUCUUUUUGGGUAGCAUGUAUUGUUUUCUUCUUUCAAAGACUGAUGAAAUUGGAUCAUGGGUAAGCUGAUUAACAUCUCUUUUUUUUAAAUUAGUAAAAGUAUGACUUGGGGAAACUUUCAACCCAGCAAAAGAAAGACUGCACUGGAAAGAAGACUGAUUUUGCAUUCACUUGGUACUGCAGAGAAUUGUGUAAGUGCAAAGUCAUCUGACAUGCUAAAGAAUUUCUGUUUCUUUAUUGAACAUCAGAGCACUGAAGGUAGAAUGCAUAUAUUCAGUCGAAAAAGAAGUUCAGUAUUUCAAAAUUAUUCAGAAGUGUACUCAACUCCUGUGAAAUUACCAACAAAAUUUUGUCUCUUAAAUUCCACAGAAAUGUUUAAGAGGGAUAAUAAUGCUGGUGAAUGGAGCCCUGCAGCCUAGUCCUUUCAGUGUCUGCUAAAUUCUUAUUGAUGACUUGUGUUGCCUGAAUGUGUCACAAAUUGUCAUUUUGCCCUAUAACAGUUUGCACAAAGUAAAUUCUUACACUGCCUCAAAAUUUUGAUAGCCAUGUUACAUAGAAGGCUCUUUUAACCUGUAACUGUGAAAGACUAAGAAGAGAAAGUAUUUUAAUUUCUUCUCUUGCAAGAUUGUUAGAAUUAAACUACAGCAAGAUUCAGGAGGUAUAAGAAGCUGCUUUAAAAUUUUGGGCAAGUUUGGGACAGAGUAAGAACACUGCUUCAACAGUCAUGCUGGUUUACAACCUCUUUUAUAAUGCCAGAUUCUUCUUACCAGCCCCACAGCUUAAGCAAUAUACCACUUAAGCAGGAUUUUAAAAUGCAUUGGUGACUUAAUCACUUUUAUUAUAUAUUCUACUAUUUUGAUUAAUUUGAUACUGCUUCUGACUGGUGUGAAAAGAAUGAAUAUGAGCAGUUACCUCCUAAAAAGAAUGUUCUCUGUAAAAUUCACAUGUUGACUACCCCAACUGUGUAACUAAACAUUUCUGUGUAACUAAACACAAGAGUGUUGAGUUAUACAGAAAUACCUUGGAAUUAUUACUUCAUAGGUUUUGGCUCCGUUAGGAAGAUGAAGAAGGAGAGCCUUUUACAAGUUGCACAUGGUUGUGUGAAAAAGCAGACUGCCAUAAAUUGGCUCGACUAGAAUGAACUUUCAUUUUAAUUUAACUCAAGUUCUUAGGUAGGAUAGAUUGAUAUGAAGCAAUUUCUCAAAUACAGAUUUGUAAGCUCUAGAAUAUAUGGUAAAUAUGGGGUUAUUUCAGAUCCUUUUUAUUGUAUUACUCCAAAUUCAAUAAAGCUCUCCAGAAAUCCGUAAAGUAGUUUCUUCUACUUCCCAGAAAGUAUAUGUUCAGCUUGCCCAUGAUAGAAUCUCUACUCUAUCAGAUACUACUGUUGGGUUUUAACUUUUUCUUUCCUAGGAAUUUCAGGAGCUUUCUUACAUGAUAUUUUGAAGACUAUAGCUGGCUAUUUUGAGAAGGAAAGAACUAGUUACCUUUUUUAUGGAAAGCCUACAUGCUUUAUUUUUCAAAGCCUUUCACUGAAGAGAUUGGUCUUUCAUUUGCUGCUUAAGAAACCAAAGGGCCUUAUGCUGUAAAUGUGACUUUUAUUUUGUUAUGUUUCCACAGUUCUACCACAAGCAGUAAUAGCAUUAAGCAUAUUUCUUAAAGAAUUGUUUAUGUGUUAUAACUGCUGCCUUAGUCCUAUUAUUUUAAAAUACCUGGGACCAGUGAAAUUGUGGUUUAGAAAACAAUACCCAACACAUUGUGAUGCUUAUGUGAUGUUAAUAUUCAUGGUAAGCAUUGUAGGUUAUGUUAAGAUAUCUGUAAAUUCAAGUACAAUACUAGAACUGUUAUACUAUUUAAGUUCAUGUAUGGUUACUAGUACUAGAUACUGUAGUCACACUAAUGUCAUCUUUUAUGUCAACUUUUGAAAGCUACAGUUGUUGGAGUAACUUAAGGCAAACCUUUGAAGAAUUACUUGAAUCUGUAUUCCUCUAAAUUAUUUGUAAAAUAAGUUUAUAUUAAAAAUAGCAUCUCUUAGGACUCUACAAUGUAUUAAAUUAAUACAUCCGUAGUAAAGGCAGUCUUAAAUGUCAGUGUUCUGAUCUGGGGUUUCAGUCACUGAUCCCCUUGGACUGGGUUUUUUUUCAGAACUGGAUUUUAAUUUAACCUAAUGGAGGGAAAAUUAACUGAAACAUUUUGUUUUGAUCUUAUAUACUAAGCCUCCUAAACUGUGGGGUUUGAAGUAUGUGUUUUUGGCAUGGGCUAUCUGAGAAUAUAAACUGGUUUGUAAGAACGAAGUAAAAAAAGUCCUGCAAGUUUAAAUUAAGAGAGAGUCUUCUAUGCAGUGGUAAUGUGAUGGAAUAAGAUCUUUAUCUAGCUCAAGUAACAAGAUUUUUUUUUGUUCUAUUUAUAGUUGAGAACGUGAUUUUGAUUUUUUGUUUGCUGCAAUUUUCAGAAUGACCAGAAUAGAAAAACUGAAAAGGGUGCUUAGGAAAGUUUUAUCAAAAUUUUUCCAGUUACUUGAAAACAAAAAAGAGAAAAUUACUUCAGUUAAAAUGGGAGGGUCGAAUCCGACUUCCUUGUAGGUGCAACCUACUUAGUGUGUCAGGAAACUGGGCAUGUGUGAAGUUCUCUGGUUAUUUCUACUGAACUUAAUGGAAAGGGGACUUACAGGAGGUACGUUACCAAGACCAUGUGCCACCUGGCUCCUGCUACAAUAGUUUUUCUUUAGGAAGCCUUGUCCAGUUAUCUCUCCACUUAGAAGACGUCAUUCUGAGGCCCUGCAAGAGGCUGGAAGACUGGUGGCUAGAGCGAAUACAGUUUUUGGAGAACAGCGGUUGUACUUCACAUCCAAUUUAUUGUUUGGGAAAGAGGAAGAUGAAGGGACAAUGUUACAAAACGUGAGCAUUUCAGGGGCCUUCUGUUUCUGAACUUGGAUGGAAAGCAGUGUUACAUCUGGAUUGGCCUGAAACAGAGGGUCUUGCCUAGCCCUAAUUCAAAACAAAAUGGAAAACUCAGGUUUGAAACUGGUAUCUGAUUAAGAAAUUGCAAAUUCUGUUACUGAAAAAGUAACCUGAUGCAAGUUCUUUUUAUUGCUUUGAGCAGUACUACAACACAAAAAAUUAUCUCUUUGUAUUCAAGUAUCAAAUGUAAUUUAAAGGAAGAAAUAUGGAAGCCUGGCAGGUUAUAUCAUAAUCUUACAGCCAACGCUGUGUGUACCCACUAUACUUCAUUGCAGUGUGGAAAUGAGAGCAGGGUCUGCGCUGAACUGCCCAGCCCAAGUGGUUUGUUUUACAUUCAUUUGUAAAGGAGAGGUAAAGGGAAGGGAGUAAAUUCUAUUCUUAAGUUGAUUUAUCUUUAUUAUGUUUACUAGAAAGGGAGAAAGGAAGCGGAAAUAGCUACAUAUCUUAAAUAUAAACAUCAGUUGUGCUUUAGGUGCUCUGGUGCAUGCUAAAUGGAUGUGACUGCUCCAAGACAACAUUUUCUGUAGUAGAAUUGUUGCUUCCUUUUGGUUUGAAGUAUGAAAAUCUCUGAAGUAUCCUUUGAAAACUCAGUCUUAAACAAACUAAUCCUUCUAGAUGGAAGGAUUAAGAGGCUGAUGUUUAGGCUGAUGGGGAGGAAUCUUGAAAUAACUUGAGUUAAAGAUUAUCUUAGAAUCCCCUAGGUCUGCCUCACUCAAUAGGAUUGAAACUGACAGUAAAAUGGCAAAAGUGGUAUUUCAAGGAUGGGGGAGGGAACAGAUUUUCUGUUUCUUUUCAUCAUGCAAGCGUUGGGAAUAAGGCACAGAACAGCCUUUGGAACCUGCAACGCAGAACAGUAGUAUCAGAGGAGUCUUUUGAAUCAUAAAGGAGUCCAUCAAUUAUUUGGGAUACGGGGAAAGAAAACAUGGGUGGAAUGUUCUAGUUUGUUUUAAUGAAGAUACUAUGUCUUCCUCUCUCAAUGGUGAUGUGAGUUAGAAAUGUGGGGAAGUUGUGGCCUUACAGAUCUGCGCAAAUGUUGAGUACCCCAAGUAAAAGCUGAUUUUUUUUUUUUUUUUGAUGUAUAGGUGCACAACAUUUCAAGCCUUAUUAUUUAAAAUUUUCCUGUUAAGUUUUGUCUUUUUUAACAGCAUCUGUUUCACAUUUAUGUGGAACUUCAACAAAUACCCCAAUGGCCUUUUGAAGUAAGAAAAAUGUUUUAACUUUUGUAUUAUAACCCCUGUUGUAAUGUUAUCUGUGGCUAUAGAUAGAUAAGUAUGUGUGUGUAUAUAGAUUACAGGAUUUUAGAUUUUUCAGUUCAAUUGCACCAAAAGAGAAAAGAUUAAAUGAGAAGUUAGAUUUUAAUCAAAUUCCACAAGGCUUCCAUACAGGCUAAGAAUGAUAAGAUGGAUAUAUGAUACUUUUGUUGUCUGUUAAAAAUUUACAUGCUUAGUCUACCUAUAUCUACAUUGCUUGAGCAGAAAAGGCAAGUUUUAAAACUUAAGUUUAUGAACACUGAAUCUCUCAUUCCUGAUGAAGUUUUUGACUUUGAGUGACCUUUGUUUAUUGACUAAGAGUUUUUUAUUGGGGUGGGUGGAAUAUCACUGAUUUGUGCCAUUCCCAAUGGAAGAAAUAUGGGGAGAGAGAAAAACAGAAAAAAAAAAACCCUGUUGUAUUUGUGACACUUUUUUCGUUCUUUAUUAAGAGAUAUGCUGCAUUUUAUAUACAAAUUGUGAACUUUUACUCUGAAAUAGCUGUGAGGAAACCUGUCUGGAGGAUUUCAGAUGGGUUAGCUGAUUUUUUGAAGUGAGGUCCUGCCUUGUACUUUACUUUCUAUUAGGUUUUGACUGCUUUACAAGGAAAUUACACAAGGCAGUAAAACCUUGGACUUACCCAUCAAAUCCUCUUGCCUUCCAGGCCUCGCACUUCUGUCAACAGAUCAAAUGAGUCCCUGAAGUUUUAUUGUCUUUAAGUCCUCUGCAACAGUUCUAUUUGCUGUACAGAUUUCUGAGAUGAAGUUGUGAAUCAGAAUGUGUUAUUAUAGUGAACUCAGGCCUUGUGCAAAAUAUUUAACACUUGUUUGUCUAAUCGUACAGUCUCUGUACUAGUGGUAGUUUUAUGUUUUGAUUGUAAAACAUUAAAAUUCUCAUGAGAUUUAUAAAGUGAUGUUACUGUAGUGUCAGCUGUGAUUCAUAAAUACAACUGUCAUAGCAUGGCAUUAGUGUAUAUCUGGUUUAUUGGACAGCUCCUCGAAACCAAAUUUAUUCUUGUAUCAACUUUUAGAUCAGCUACUUUAAAAUAUGUAAAAGGUAUAGUGAUAGUUUCGAGAAAUUCAUAUCACUUUGUACUCUGAGGUUGCCUAUGGAAAUAAAUGAACUUUUCAUAUUUUCA